AUGGAGGCCGCCUUGAGCGUUCUGAUCCUGAUGCUGGCUGCGUCAACCCUGGACGUGGGCGAUUGCAGCCUCUACCGGACCUCCAUCCGCACGCGGCGGGACGUGCUGGCCAACGCCACCAGCGGGCUCCCCGCCACCUUUGAUCACGUCUACACCAUCAAGCUGCCGGGCUGCCGCUCCUGUGCGGCAGACGUCUCCAGGCCCCGAGCACGGGUCUUUGAGGCCCGCGACGAGGCGCCGGGCGACAAGCAGUUCGAGCACGUUCUGGACCCCACCAAGCCGGUGGUCUUCACCCACAGGAUCAACAUCCCGCCUCAGGCCUGCGGCUGUGGAGACGUGCAGGCCCUGCACCGGCGCCUCCAGGCUCUGGAGAAGGAGGUCGCUAACCUGCGGAAGCAGUGCUCCAGCAGUCGGUGCUGCGGUUCGGGGUCAGCGCCGGACUGCGGCGCCCACGGGUCCCUCGGCCCCUCCGGCUGCAGCUGCGUCUGCGAGGAGGGCUGGCGCGGCCCUACCUGCUCGGAGCCCUCCUGCCCGCCAGGCUGCCUCCCGCCGAGGGGAGAGUGCUCGGGCGGCCGCUGCGUCUGCCGCUCGGGCUUCAGGGGACCCGACUGCAGCCAGGAGGCCUGUCCCGACGACUGCAACGACCAGGGCCGCUGCAUCGACGGCCGCUGCGUCUGCUUCCCCGGCUACACCGGCCGCGGUUGCACGGAAGAGGAGAAGGCGGCGUGCCCGGGUGACUGCAGGGGCCACGGCAAGUGCGUCGGCGGCAAGUGCGUCUGCGAGCCGGGAUACUCGGGGCCCCGCUGCGGCGUCAAGGCCUGCCCGAACCAGUGCAGCAACCGCGGCCGCUGUGUGAGCGGGAAAUGCGCCUGCAAGGACGGUUUCACGGGCGAGGACUGCUCCGUGGUGAUCCCAGUGGCCCUCCGUCUCCGAAUGAAGAAGAUUCUGGAAACCAAAGCUACAGUGGAGUGGGACCUGCCUACGGAUAACGUGGAUGCCUGGGUGAUCACCUUCCAACCCUUGAAGGAAGAGGAUGGCAGACUGAUCAACAAGCUGGGGGGCUCCAGGACCUCCUUCGAGCAAACAGGGCUGGCAUCAGGUCAGGAGUAUGAAGUAACUCUGCAAGCCCAGAAAGACGAACAGCUCGGAACAGCCGUCACAAGGACCUUCACCACCAUGAUCGACAGCCCCCAGAACUUGCGAGUGGUCUCGGCCACCAACACCACCCUGGAGCUGGGCUGGAAGAAGCCGCUGGCUGCCAUCGACCGCUACCGGCUCAACUACUCCUCGGCAACAGGCCGCCGCAGCCAGGAGGUGGUGCCCGCCGGAAGCAGCCACACGGUGCUGACCGGCCUGGAGGCUGGGGUGGAGCACACCAUCUCGCUGGUGGGCGAACGGGGCCAGCACCAGAGCAAGGCAGCAGCAACCAAAGGCACUACAGUGAUCGACAGCCCCAGGGACCUGCGCACAGUCGUCGUGACCGACUCCACUAUCAGCCUGCAGUGGGAGAGGUCCGUAGCCCAGGUCGACCUCUACCGCAUCAGCUACACCACCCGGAGCGGCCGAGGCGGGGAGCUGACGGUGUCUGGCCAAGAUCGCACGGCCACACUGAAAGGGCUGGAGAAAGGCACCAAGUACACCAUCUCAUUGGUGGGUGAGCAGGGGAAGAUGAAGAGUGAGGCCGUGAUCACUACUGCAACCACAGAAAGUCUCGCCCAUCGGGAACUGGCUGGCAGCCAUUCCAGCCGACCGCUGGCUGCCAAUGGGAGCCAGUCCAUCCAGGACAUUUCGAAGGCCAUCUCCAGGAAGAUAGCGGUAGCUGGACUCUCGGCUGACAGGGAUGCGAUGGGUCACCCUGCCGUCCGGCACCCCACGGCGUUGGGCCGGAAACCCUUCCGCUCCCCCAGGGUGCUGCUCACCACCCGGCCUCCCAAACCACUGCCGGCAGACGAUGAGAAAGAGACGGAAGGCCGUAGAAGCCCCGGUGCCAAGGCGCAGCAGCAGUCCCUAGUGGGAACGGGGAAACUGGGGAGUCCCGGCAGAAGGGUCAUUGUGUCCCCGGGGACCAAAGCCACACCUUGGGGAAAGGAUCAACAUGGUGGAUCACCCGGCAGAGUUUCGGUGCCUGGAGGAAUGAUUCAUCGCAGCAGAUCCCCAGAACCCAUUCCCAUAUCGAAAGGAAAACACAGGCUUGUCGGAUUCCCAGGGGCCCACCCCAGGUCCAGAGUUAGAACCCCAGGGAUCGUUCCCAGUCCAAGGGGGCAAAAUGAACCUGACCUUUAUCCGUCUUUGAACAGAAUUCCGGGGACACCGCUCGAUGGCCAGCAAAUCAGUAAAGGAGCUGAGAACCCUCCUCAGUCAGGGAGAUCAGAAACAACUCCACAUGGGAAUCCUGGAGAAGAACGAAAUAUAGAAUUCGAAACUUCAUCCCAAAUCUCCUCUAAGACCCGGCGUCCUCCUCUGGUCCAUAGCCCCAGGCAUCUGAUUCACCAAGUCUCCCCAGAGCAGACGGGCCCUGUGGUGUGGAAUGCCACUUCCAGCUGCGCUCAGCUCUCGUGGGAGGUGGCAGGCGGCCCGUUCGACCAGCUGGUUUUGGCCUACCGGGACUCGCUCACUCAGGUGGUUCAGGCCAAGCUGGUGCUCAGGGGAAGUCAGCAGACAGCCAACAUAACUGGGCUAAUCGUGGGAAAAAGCUAUGAUCUGUUCCUUUAUGGCAGCUCCUUGGACCAUCCAUUACAACCUGUUAAUGUUACCAGAUUCUCAGUGUGGGGCUUGGACACUGGGCCAGUGACCCCCAACAAGGAGUCGGAUGACCUUCAGACAAUGCCAGCAGGUGUUCAGGAGGAGGGCAUUGAGGAGCAGGAGGAGGAGGAGGAGGACGAGGACGUGGAUGAGGAGGAGAUGGGCCAGGAGGAGGUGGGCCAGGAGGAGCUGGAAGGGGAGGUGACCACUCCCUCCACAGCCGGAACACCGGAAAAUACGUUGCGCCCCAGCACCCCCUCUGAAAACCAGACCCCCUGGUGGACCCCAGCGCCCUUUAAGGAUUCGCUCGUCACCUCGCAGAGCUUCAGCACAUCCGGCUUGUUUGACGCUCAUGGGCCUCGAGCAACAUCCAGCCCUGGUGUUGACUAUAAUGCGAUGCUGCAGACUGCAACUGAUGACACACUCUCAAUUCCACCUACAGCCUCGACCGACCAAAUUGUUAACUUCAGUGACGUGUUGGCUCGGGAGGUGAAGGACCGGAGCCUCCGACUGACCUGGAAGGUUGUGGGCGGCACAUUCGACUCCUUCGUGGUGCGGUACCGGGAGACGGCAGGAUCGGCACAGUGGCUGGAGCGCCAAGUUCAGGGUCACUAUCGCUCGGUGCUGCUGAAGGGCCUGAAGGCCGGUACGGAGUACUCGCUCCAGCUAUACGGAGUGCACGAGGGGCGACGGACAGAACCCUACCACCUCCUCGUCACCACAGUUUUCACGAAGAAGAUCAAGACAGGGACGGUGGGCAAACUGGACACAUUUGUUGUUUCGAACAUCACGGACGUCUCCUUCUUACUCACCUGGACCACAAAGGUGCAGUUCGACUCCUUCCUUAUCCACUACGGAGUCGAGGUAUCCAGGGACGUGCAGAAGGUUAGGGUGGCCGGUGAACUCCGAUCUUCAAUCAUCACUGGUCUCCAGCCAAGCACUAAAUACACCCUUCAUCUCUACGGUGUCUCCUCUGGCCAGCGAACAAAGCCUAUCACCACCACAGCUACCACGGACAGAAGCACCUUGAGACUGGGCAGCCUAUCGAUCGCGAGCAUCACAUCGAACUCUGUCCGCCUCUCCUGGACCACAGACAGGACCUUUGACUCCUUCCUCAUCCAGUACAGGGUCCAGGGAUCACAGGAGACCCGGAACAGCACGGUGGCCGGCGGAAAGCGAGUGUAUCUCAUUAGGGAUCUCCGUCCCUCCACCCGAUACAUCAUCUAUCUCUACGGGAUCUCAGGGUCUGUGCGGACCCAGCCGCUCACCACCCAGGUCACCACUGCAGCUGAUGCCCCAUCACUGGUGAAACUGGGCACCCUGUCAACGUCAACCAUCACAUCGAACUCUGUCCACCUCUCCUGGACCACAGACAGGAUCUUUGACACCUUCCUCAUCCAGUACAGGGUUCAGGGGUCACAGGAGACCCGGAACAUCACGGUGGCCGGCGAGAAGCGAGUGUAUCUCAUCAGUGGUCUCCAUCCCUCCACCAGAUACAUCAUCCAUCUCUACGGGAUCUCGGGGAGUUUGCAGACCCAGCCCCUCUCCACCCAGGUCACCACUGCAGAUCCUGAGGACAAAGAUGCCCCAUCGCCGGUAAGACUGGGCACCCUGUCAACACCGACCGUCACAUCGAACUCCGUCCGCCUCUCCUGGACCACGGACAGGACCUUCGACACCUUCCUCAUCCAGUACAGGGUUCAGGGGUCGCAGGAGACCCGGAACAUCACGGUGGCUGGUGGGAAGCGAGUGUACCUCAUCAGUGGUCUCCGUCCCUCCACCAGAUACAUCAUCCUUCUCUACGGGAUCUCGGGGAGUUUACAGACCCAGCCACUCUCCACCCAGGUCACCACGACAGCUGGUGAGGACAAAGAUGCCCCAUCGCCGGUAAGACUGGGCACCCUGUCAACACCGACCGUCACAUCGAACUCCGUCCGCCUCUCCUGGACCACGGACAGGACCUUCGACACCUUCCUCAUCCAGUACAGGGUUCAGGGGUCACAGGAGACCCGGAACAUCACGGUGGCCGGCGAGAAGCGAGUGUAUCUCAUCAGUGGUCUCCGUCCCUCCACCCGAUACAUCAUCCAUCUCUACGGGAUCUCGGGCUCUCUGCGGACCCAGCCGCUCACCACCCAGGUCACCACCACAGCUUUAAAAGAGAGAGAUCAACCCAUCAAAACCGUUAAGCUGGACGGCCUUUCUUUCUCCGAUGUCACCGAUGUUUCCUUCCAACUCUCGUGGAGGGCAGAGAAGGUCUUUGAUUCUUUCCUCGUAGUGUACGGGGUCCAAGGCUCUGAAGUGACGCGGAACCUCUCAGUGUCCGGGGAGCGGCGACUCGUCGUCAUCACAGGACUCAGACCCAGCACCACCUACACCGUCCGUGUCUACGGAGUCUCUGCCGCAGGUCUCACCAAGUCCCUCACCACCCUGGUGACCACCAAAGCUUCAAAAGAGAGAGAUCAACCCAUCAAAAUCAUUAAGCUGGAUGACCUUUCUUUCUCCGAUGUCACCGAUGUUUCCUUCCAACUCUCGUGGAGGGCAGAGAAGGUCUUUGAUUCUUUCCUCGUAGUGUACGGGGUCCAAGGCUCUGAAGUGACGCGGAACCUCUCAGUGUCCGGGGAGCGGCGACUCGUUGUCAUCACAGGACUCAGACCCAGCACCACCUACACCGUCCGUGUCUACGGAGUCUCUGCCACCGGUCUCACCAAGUCCCUCACCACCCUGGUGACCACCAAAGAGACAAGCCAGAUGCAGCCCAGUAAAGCCAUUAAACUGGAGAGCCUCUCUUUCUCCAACAUCACCACUGGCUCCUUCCGAAUCUCCUGGAGGGCGGCGAAGAUCUUUGACACUUUCGUCAUUCUGUACGGGGUCCAAGGCUUGGACGUGAUGAGGAACAUCUCGGUGACCGGGGAUCGGCGGUUUACAGUCCUCACCGGCCUCAGACCUGGCACCACCUACACCAUCCGUGUCUACGGGGUCUCUGCCAGCGGGCACACUGAACCAAUCACCACCAUCGUAACCACCAAAGCUCCCACAGAGAAGAGCAAAGCCAAGCCAAAGAAGCUGGGGAGCCUCACAGCCACUAGAGUUACCACGAACUCUAUCCACCUCUCCUGGACAGCGGAGAGAGGGUUCGAAGCUUUCUUGGUGCGGUACAAGGAGCAUGCCAGUGGCACCACGCGGAACGUCACAGUGAGCGGCGACCGGCGGGCGUUGACCAUCACAGAGCUACGGCCUGGCACCAAGUACACCGUCCACAUCCACGGUCUGGUGAAUGGGCAGCGGACAAAGCCUCUCAGCCGACUGAUCACCACACCAGCUGCCACAGACAAGCCCACAGUGAGACUGGGCACUCUGUCGACCCCAACCAUCACGUCGAACUCUGUCCGCCUCUCCUGGACCACGGACAGGACCUUUGACUCCUUCCUUAUCCAGUACAGGGUCCAGGGAUCGCAGGAGACCCAGAACAUCACGGUGGCCGGCGGGAAGCGAGUUUAUCUCAUCGGGGAUCUCCGUCCCUCCACCAGAUACAUCAUCCAUCUCUAUGGGAUCUCGGGGUCUCUGCAGACCCAGCCGCUCACCACCCAGAUCACCACCACAGAUCCUGAGGACAAAGAUGCAUUAGCUCCAACAGAACUGGGCACCCUGUCACCGCCGACCGUCACGUCGAACUCUGUCCACCUCUCCUGGACCACAGACAGGACCUUUGACACCUUCCUCAUCCAGUACAGGGUCCAGGGGUCACAGGAGACCCGGAACAUCACGGUGACCGGCGGAAAGCGAGUGUAUCUCAUCGGGGAUCUGCGUCCCUCCACCCGAUACAUCAUCUAUCUCUACGGGAUCUCAGGGUCUGUGCGGACCCAGCCGCUCACCACCCAGGUCACCACCUCAGAUCCUGAAGACCAAGAAGCAGCAGCACCAAUGAAACUGGGCACCCUGUCACCCCCGACCGUCACAUCGAACUCUGUCAGCCUCUCCUGGACCACAGACAGGACCUUUGACACCUUCCUCAUCCAGUACAGGGUCCAGGGAUCACAGGAGACCCGGAACAUCACGGUGACCGGCGGAAAGCGAGUGUACCUCAUUAGGGGUCUCCGUCCCUCCACCAGAUACAUCAUCCAUCUCUACGGGAUCUCGGGGUCUCUGCGGACCCAGCCGCUCACCACCCAGAUCACCACCACAGCUCCAGUGGCUCCAAUGAAACUGGGCACCCUGUCACCCCCGACCGUCACAUCGAACUCUGUCCGCCUCUCCUGGACCACAGACAGGACCUUUGACUCCUUCCUCAUCCAGUACAGGGUUCAGGGGUCACAGGAGACCAGGAACAUCACGGUGACUGGCGGAAAGCAAGUGUAUCUCAUCAGUGGUCUCCGUCCCUCCACCCGAUACAUCAUCCAUCUCUACGGGAUCUCGGGGUCUCUGCGGACCCAGCCGCUCACCACCCAGAUCACCACCACAGCUCCAGCGGCUCCGAUGAAACUGGGCACCCUGUCUCGCCCGAGCGUCACGUCGAACUCUGUCCGCCUCUCCUGGACCACAGACAGGACCUUUGACACCUUCCUCAUCCGGUACAGGGUCCAGGGGUCACAGGAGACCCGGAACAUCACGGUGACUGGCGGGAAACGAGUGUACCUCAUCAGUGGUCUCCGUCCCUCCACCCGAUACAUCAUCCAUCUCUACGGGAUCUCGGGGUCUCUGCGGACCCAGCCGCUCACCACCCAAGUCACCACUGAAGCUGGUGAGGACAAAGAUGCCCCAUCACUGGUGAAACUGGGCACCCUGUCAACGUCAACCAUCACAUCGAACUCUGUCCGCCUCUCCUGGACCACGGACAGGACCUUUGACACCUUCCUCAUCCAGUACAGGGUUCAGGGGUCGCAGGAGACCCGGAACAUCACGGUGGCCGGCGGGAAGCGUGUGUAUCUCAUUGGGGAUCUCCGUCCCUCCACCCGAUACAUCAUCUAUCUCUACGGGAUCUCGGGGAGUUUACAGACCCAGCCCCUCUCCACCCAGGUCACCACGACAGAUCCUGAGGACAAAGAUGCCCCAUCGCCGGUAAGACUGGGCACCCUGUCACCCCCGACCGUCACAUCGAACUCCGUCCGCCUCUCCUGGACCACAGACAGGACCUUCGACACCUUCCUCAUCCAGUACAGGGUCCAGGGGUCACAGGAGACCCGGAACAUCACAGUGACUGGCGGAAAGCAAGUGUAUCUCAUCAGUGGUCUCCGUCCCUCCACCAGAUACAUCAUCCUUCUCUACGGGAUCUCGGGGAGUUUGCAGACCCAGCCCCUCUCCACCCAGGUCACCACGACAGAUUUAGUUGCUUACUUCCUAUGGACUAACAAAUUCUGUCAGGGGCCGCAGACGGCGUGUUGGAAGCCAAUUCUGAAGUUUGGCCGUCUCUGCUCCCACCUGCGGUGUGCGGACUGCAGUGAAAUCUAUGUCUCCUCAUACCUCAACCUCGCUGUUUCAGAUCCUGAGGACAAAGGUGCCCCAUCGCCGGUAAGACUGGGCACCCUGUCAACACCGACCGUCACAUCGAACUCCGUCCGCCUCUCCUGGACCACAGACAGGACCUUUGACUCCUUCCUCAUCCAGUACAGGGUUCAGGGGUCACAGGAGACCCGGAACAUCACGGUGACUGGCGGAAAGCAAGUGUAUCUCAUCAGUGGUCUCCGUCCCUCCACCAGAUACAUCAUCCAUCUCUACGGGAUCUCGGGGAGUUUGCAGACCCAGCCCCUCUCCACCCAGGUCACCACGACAGCGUCUGAAGGUCCUACAGCACCAGUGAGGCUGGGCACCCUGUCAACACCGACCGUCACAUCGAACUCUGUCCGCCUCUCCUGGACCACAGACAGGACCUUUGACUCCUUCCUCAUCCAGUACAGGGUUCAGGGGUCGCAGGAGACCCGGAACAUCACGGUGACCGGCGGGAAGCAAGUGUAUCUCAUCAGUGGUCUCCGUCCCUCCACCCGAUACAUCAUCCAUCUCUACGGGAUCUCGGGCUCUCUGCGGACCCAGCCCCUCUCCACCCAGGUCACCACGACAGCCUCCACCCUCAUGGAGGGUCAAAAGCCGAUGGUUGUGCCUACUCUGGAUGGCGUAUCGGUUUCCAGGGUCACUGGGCACUCCCUCGAACUCUCCUGGGAGGCAGGAGGUACCUUUGACUCCUUCCUUGUCGAAUAUGUAGCCACGGGCUCUGCGGACGUGAGAAUCCUCACGGUAACUGGCGAGCGGCGAAACACGGCCAUCAUAGGCCUCAGGCCUAUUUCCCAGGAGACAGGAGUCACCGGGCCCAGCGAGGAGGCCGAGCUGGGCGGUCUUUCUGCAAUGGUGGAGUCUGCCAGCUCAGUCCGCCUCUCCUGGGAAGCGAGGAAGGCCUUUGACUCCUUCGUGGUGCAGUACCGGCCUGAGGGUACGGAGGAUGUGCGGAAAGUCUCUGUAAAAGGCAGCAUCCGCUCGCGCACUGUCACAGGCCUCAGGCCCAGCAGCAAGUACACGUUCUACCUUUACGGAGUGUCCAGAGGACGUCACACCAAACCCAUCUCCGCCACAGUCAUCACCAAAGACACCCCAGUGGCCGCCUCCCCUGCCAGGCCCGGAGUCUCUGACAUCACGGCCAACUCCUUGCAAAUCUCUUGGACGGUGAAGCAUGUCUACCAGUUCUUUCUGAUCCAGUACAGGGCCCACGGCUCGCCUGGCUUCCAGAACCUGACGGUGGCCGCAGACGAGAGUUCGUACUCCAUCACCAACCUGCGUCCGAGCACCAAAUACAUCAUCUACCUCUAUGGCGUGCAUGAGAUGCUCCUGACCAGGUUGAUGGCCCUUGUAGCGACUACCGCAGCUUCCACUGCUCAGGAAGGCGUGAGGCCAGGCCAGCCGCGGGCUCUGGGCAGCCUCUCUGUCUCCAACAUCACGGCCGACUCGCUGGAACUGUCUUGGUCGGCCCGCUGGCGCUUCGACUCCUUCGUCAUUCAGUACAGGGCGCAGGGAUCCGAGCGGGUGCAGAGGAUCCGGGUCGCUGGCAGUCGUCGCUCCUACGUCAUCCUGGGUCUCCGGCCCAGCACCAAGUACACUGUCUACAUCCACGGCGUGUCCGGGGGUCGUCGCACUGACCCCCUCUCCAUCGUCAUCAGCACCACAGUCUUCCUCGCUGCAGCCUCUGUGGACACCAAUGGCGUCAGGCCAAGCCAGUUGAGUAAACUUAUUCGCCUCUCAGGGAACAACGUCACGGAAAAUUCCUUGCAGGUCCACUGGGCUGCCGAGCGAGGCUUUGACUCCUUCGUUAUCCAGUACGGAGCCGAGGGAUCUGCGGACACUCAGAAUAUCACUGCCGCUGGGGACCAACACUCUGCCUUCAUCACUGGCCUGAAACCCGCUACCACAUACCGCGUCUCGCUCAUCGGGCUGUCCGGAAACAGGCGGACGAGGCCACUAACCACCACGCUGACCACCGCAGUGUCCAGAAUGGUGGAGCAAGUCAAAUCCAUCAUGUUUGGGAGCCUAUCCUUCUCGAACAUCACGGCAAACUCACUCCAACUCUCCUGGGAAAUGGACGGCACCUUUGACUCCUUCCUGAUAGAGUACGUGGCACAGGGUUCCGACGUGCGGAACAACUUCACGGUGGCCGGCGACCGCCGUUCUGCCUACAUCACGGGUCUCAAACCUGCCACCAACUACACCAUUUACCUCUACGGUGUGUCCAGGGGCAAACUCUCCAGACCCCUGGAGGCCCGCUUAACCAUCACAGCUGUUCCUGUGCACAGCACCUCCGUUAGUAGCUUGGGAGGCGUCUCAGUGUCUGACGUCACCUCGCACGGACUGAGGCUGUCCUGGACAGUGGAAGAAGGUGCCUUUGACUCGUUCCUAGUUCGCUAUGCAGACACGAAGGGACGGCUGGCCUCCAAGGAGAUUAAGGCCUCUGGCGACCGUCGGCGCAUCACACUGACAGAUCUGAGUCCGGACACGGAAUACCAGCUUUCUCUCUAUGGUGUCCUGGAUGGUCAAGAGACUAAUGCCAUUCCCAUCACGGCACUAACAGCCCAGGAGAGGCAGAACGGGAUGAGCUUCACAGAUAUCACCGACACCUCUGUCACCAUCAGCUGGACCGCAGCCUUGGAGCCCGUCGACACCUACAAGAUCUUCUACGUGCCAACUAUACAAGGUGACCCGAGGAGCAGGAGUGUGGACGGGGCCAGAACCAGCAUCACCCUGAGUGGCCUGCAGCCCAGCACACAGUACGAGGUCAACCUCGUGCCCAUGAGGGGCCGGGUGGAGAGCCCUCCCAUCCUGGGCCGCUUCACCACUGCCCCAGACCCACCAUCCCACCUACAGGCCAUCGAUGUCUCGGGGACACGGGCCGUCCUGCAGUGGAAACCAGCGGCUGCACCCAUCGACCACUACGUCGUCAGCUACAAGGCUGAAGGGAUUCCUGCCAUCAGGAGGACCGUGCCCAGUAACAGUGCGGAACUGCCAUUGGUGGGUCUGCGUCCACGCACUAUGUACACAGCCGAGAUUCACAGCGUCCAGGGCGUGCGGAGAAGCUCCCUUGUCAGGGUCAGCUUCACCACCAUCCCUGUGCACAUCCCGUUCCCCAAGAACUGUGAGGAAGAACUCAGCAAUGGCAGGACCGAGUCCAACAUUGCCACCCUGUACCUGACCGGAAACAAGGAGCGGCCGAUCAGAGUCUUCUGCGACAUGACCACUGAUGGCGGGGGGUGGAUCGUUUUCCAGAGGAGAAUGAAUGGGCAGCUCAACUUCACGCGUAGCUGGAAGGACUACGUGGCUGGAUUUGGGGACCUCGCUGCAGAACACUGGCUGGGUCUGGAGAACCUACACCAACUGACAUCACAGCAGCGCUUCGAGAUGCGUGUGGACCUGCGUGCUGGCGAGGAGUCUGUGUACGCCACCUACGACAACUUUGUGGUGGAAGGCGCAGCUGUGAAGUACCGGUUGGGGCUGGGAAGAUAUGCCGGAACUGCAGGCAACUCCCUGGCCUACCACCGGGGCAGUAACUUCACCACCGUGGACGAGGACAAUGACAACUCGCUGACCAACUGCGCCGUCUCCUACAGGGGAGGCUGGUGGUACCAGAACUGUCACCGCGUCAACCUCAACGGGGAAUAUGGCAACAACAAAGACCACCAGGGUGUGAACUGGUUCGGCUGGAAGGGCUUCGAGUUCUCCAUCCCGUUCGCAGAGAUGAAGAUGCGGCCUCACCGAGCGGACAGGAGGGAGUGAGGUCGAGGGUGUUGCUGCCGGGACUUCACUAGAGCUUACAGCUAACUCUCACGCCCCGAUGCCAGGCGUUGCCGCCGACACCGUCGCCCACAUUAUCACCAUUGUCUGCGCUCCGCUCGGAUCCAGGUUAAUUGGCUUUUCAGCCCCGCCAACAGCCUGUGGCCGGGACGGCCUCCACCCCUCACAAAGGGGAACGGCCGCUCGGCCCUGCACUUGGGGACAUGUUGGCGGAGGGGUUUGGGGUUUGCAGACGCCCAACUUUCAUUUACGCUGCUUUGCGGAGUGUGAGUACUAGACUCGGUCUCCAACUCAGCACCACCCACUGGAUCGACGCAGAGUUCGGCCUUUUGUACCGGGUCGGAACCAUGGCGUGUUUUUGUUAUCAGAGAGUCUGGAAAUAUA